ACACCUCGUGGCUGUUACCACAGCUGUACAUUAACCACUGUCGAUAUCCAUCUGAUGUUAAGUGUUGCCAUUUACUCUGAACAUUCAAUAUUUCACAUAGUUGAACAGUUAAUCUGUCUCCUGUCACGCUUCUUAGGCUACCGGAGUUCUGUAAUGAAUGAGCUUUCGUCUACUUUCAGAGGCUUCACUCGGGAGUUAGUGCGCAUGCGUCAAUUCGUGCUCACGAUUUUUGUGGACGGAGCGGAACGCGGAAAGCGAAGUACACGCUCUUAGCACUCAACAUUUGCCACCCACUUUUCUAGCAUAAAAAGUCACGUGACGCUCGCCACGAGCCGAUCCUCAGUAUCCAGAAUCACUGCUGUCAUUCAGUUUAGAUGCGAUCAGAAGCGGGAUCAGCAUGAGGAGCCGUUCCUUCAUUUUUUGGGUUUUAUUACUCGUGGACGUUUCUCCAUCAGGUUAUGUCAAAACCAAUGAAGAAGAAAACAUGCAGCAGAUAGAGAAAUAUUCUGACAUGAACGUGUUUGUUGCUGUGGGAGAUGGAGUGAAGACGCUGAUAGUGAUGGAGGGAGAUUCUAUCACUUUAAACACUAGUGUUACUGAAAUAAAAAGAGAUGAUACGAUACUAUGGAUGUUUGGAGAUGAUGAGUAUAUCGCUAAAAUGAAUGAAGCAGCUGGAUUAUACUUUAUAUCUGAGGGUGAGAGAUUCAGAGAUAGACUGUCGCUGGACAAUCAAACUGGAUCUCUCACUAUCAAAAACAUCAGAACUGAACACACUGGAUAUUAUCAGCUACAGAUCCGUAGCAAAAGUGAAACAACGAAGAAAUUCAGUGUUACUGUCCGUGAAGAAGUGAUAUCAGUGUCGUUGAUGGUGGGAGAUUCUGUCACUCUUCAGACCGGUGUUGCUAAAAUAGAGAGAGAUGAUCAGAUACUGUGGAAGUUUGGAAACCAAGGUGUCCUCAUUGCCAACUUAAAUGGCAUUAUCGAUGCAAAAUGGAAAAAUGUGAUCAAACUGAAUGAUCAUACUGGAGAUCUCACCAUUAGAAACAUCCAAUUCCAACAUUCUGGAGACUAUGAUUUGGAGAUCAACAACAGCACCACGAUCUUACACAUGAAGUUCAAUAUUGCGGUUAGUGACCUCCCCAAGAACAACACAGCCAUGAUCGUGAUUGUGAUUGUGAUCUUGGCUGUGCUCGGGAUCUUGGUCAUGAUCCUGGCCUUUGUGUGGUUCGCAAUCUAUAAGAAAAAAGCAUCCUGUUUCCACAAGAAUGGGGGAGGCCAGAGUAACCAGAGGACAGACGCGUCAAGACAGAGUGAAGAGGAGAACUUAAAACAAGCAGGUGACAGUGCUACCAACUGAGCUACUGUGUCAAGUAUAUGAUGGUGGUACAGACCCAGGGAAUGAGGCAAUGCAGCAAUUGAACAGAGAUGCCCAAUAGCAGUAGUUCAUAGUUGGUACACAUUAAUAGCUUUUGAAAAUCAACCAUUCUGCACCUGCACUGUAAAAAUGAGUUAAGGCUUUUAAUUGAUUUGGCAUGAAUAGCAUAUAUAGAGAAACAUGCUUUCAUCUAGUAUAAAAUUCACUCAAAAUCAUCUUUGAAUGGCCAAUGUAAUGUGGAGGGAUAUAAUAUCUGUUUGUUGAUUUUUGUUGUUGUUGUAGUUUUUUUUUUUAGUUGGACCAUUUUUAUAUAGAAUUUAGAUUAUUUUGUAUAUUGUUUUUUUUUUAUAUGUGUACAGUAGUGUCCAAAAGUACAGAGCGCCUAGAGGGACCAAGUGAAGGAAAAAAAUAUGAGGAGGCAAAAUUAUAUGCCAAUACUUACGUGUUCUCUCACAAAUAGUUUGCAUUCCCCCAAGAAACUUUGCGUUCGUUUGCAAAGAACUCAAAGGUUUUUUCGGGUGAAUGCAAAGGUUUUGAAAAUAAACAAUUCUUGGGUAGUAUUUUUUCCUCCCAUCCCAUAUUUUUUCAUCCACUAUGUCCAUCAGGGGAGUUGUAAUUGUUGCAUUAACCAUUUACAAUCAUUGACUGCUCAGCGAAAGUCUGUAUCGAGGGUGCAUAUCAACCACAAAGGGGGCGCUCAUGAGCACCCUUCUGAAACCUACAAUAACAAAUGGGACACUCUAGAGUUAACGGACACAUGCACACGGCAGCCAUUUUAAGUCCACAAGACUGCAAGUGCACCUUAAGUGUGCCAUUUGGGACAGGGCUAUUUUGGCAGAUUACAGAGCACUAGCUCCAACUGACCUGAGAAACAUUUUCCCUGAGAAUAUUUCAGCAAAUAUGAUGUGUGUCCAGUAUUUCUGUCAGCUGUUCAGAAUUAGUGUAUGUUUACAUGACAAUGAUGUACUAAAAACAGAGACGUUUUUACUUUGCAUUUUUCGCGUACAGGCGACAUUCUCAAACAGAUCCCCACAGAUCCACAAAAAAGACAAAAAAAAAAAAGUAUUAUUCUGCCAGGCUUGGCAUUUUAUAAGAAACACUAUGCUACUAUAGACUUUAUAGACUGUAAUAUGCAUGUGCAUGAUGUCACCGUUUUCACAAAUUUGUGUUUUUGUAGUUUACAUGGAGACGAUAAGGGUAUUGUUUUCAAAAACUUGCACUUUGAAACCCAUUUUCAGAAGUUUGUAUUUUCAGGCCCAGAAAACGCUGUUGUCGUAUAGAUAAAUGGCCAAAACGCUUAAAAAAACUUUUGUUUUUAGUUUAAAAUGGUGCCCCAUAGUGAUGAAAUUGAAUCAGUCAUGCUGUUCAGUUUUGCAAAACGAUCUAAAUCAAUUCAUCAUUCAGAUUGGACUGCUUUCACACUGAAUAGUUCUCUUGAAUAUAAUUGUGUUCUGUAAAAUAUAAUCUUCACUGGAAUUACUGGAAUAAUCAAGCUUGUUAAAUAGAAAAUAGUGUCCACAUACUAUUUGCUGUACAUCUGCCAAAUUUGCAGUUUAUCUUACUUCCAUGCUGUUCUGUCCUGUGUAAUCAAAUUGGUAAUGUUGAGUAAGUAAUCUGUUGAAUUGAAGCACAUAUUGUACAUAUACACUACUUAUGUUUGCAUUUGAAUAAAAAAAAAUUGUUUAUCA